CUCGUUUUAAAUUGCAAGAUGUAACGGGAUUGUUGCGGUUGGGGUGCAGUUGCACCUCCCGGCCUGAGGAAGCAGCAGAGCCCACAGACCCCGAGCUGAAGCAUGACGUCACUGGAGCAGGAUACGCGUAUGUGUGUAACGUGGAAGUGGAAAUCCUAAAGAGAUCUGUUUGGGAUAUAUUGCGAUAUUUUGUGUUUUGCAUAGGCUAUAUCAAAACAAAACCCCUUAACAGCUGCGAAGCCAUGUAUAACAAAAAAAAUGGAAUUCCUGACAGGUGGACAGAUUAUACAGCUGUGGGGAAACGGAUCCCUGGAACACGUUUCAUUGCCUUCAAAGUUCCUUUAAAAGAGUCUUUGAAUAAUCGUUUACAUCAAAUGGAAGCCUUUGGGCCAUUUGAUCUUGUAAAUAUGUUGGAGAAGACAGGCCAAGAGUUGGGGCUUAUUAUCGAUCUUACCUUCACAACUCGAUACUACAAACCAGUGGAUUUGCCCACCACACUACGUUACUUAAAGAUUUUCACAGCGGGACAUGAAGUGCCGAGUGAUGCCACCAUUCUCAGCUUCAAGAAGGCUGUAAGACAUUUUCUGCGUGAGAAUGAAGAUAACGAUAAACUGAUAGGUGUUCAUUGCACUCAUGGUUUAAAUCGCACUGGCUACCUUGUUUGUCGAUACCUUAUUGACGUUGAUGGGAUGAAGCCCCGAAAAGCGAUUGAUUUGUUUAAUGAGUCAAGGGGACACUCAAUAGAAAGGCAGAACUAUAUUGAUGACUUGACAGCGAGACCCAAGAGAAGUAAUGAGGGAAUAGAGGAACCUGACCAAGAACCUGUUCUGGGCUGUUUUAGCCUGACACAAGAUGCUCCUUUUCAUCAAAGUGGACGACAUGAUUAUGCUUCUUUUAAUGGUCAAAGAUCUCACCCAGGCCACAGAGGACACCAACCUCAAUUUUUCCCAAAUAACAACAUGAUGCGGUUCGGACCCCCACACCAGCACCGCCCCCCCUUGUUCUCUACUCCACCGCCAGGAAUGGGGUUUAUGAGACCUCCAGUUUUCAACCAGAAUUUCAGAGGACACCACAUGAGGUUCAAUGAUUCAUGGGAAGACCCACACGCACUUCCUUUUGCUGUUCCUCCAGAGGGAUGUUCUGGAUCCCAAGGGCCCCGCAGAAAAAAUCGACAUAGGCAUAGGAAAGGUGAAAAAGAUCAGACUCCACGUGGAAAUGCAGGAGACUAUCAUUAAAUAAGAAAACCAAUGGACUGUAAUGGGUCUUGUUUAUUCGUCCUUUCUGUUGAAGAACUGUUUCUGUGGUUCAGUCUUUGAAAGCAAAGAUUUGCUAUUUUAUUGGCCUUUACCAGCUGACUGGUUUGAUAUGUUGGAUAGGGAGUUUUAUUUAUUUUUUUACCUGCAACUGGCUUAUUUUAUCAGACACAUCUAAGUCACAUAAUGCAAUCUAAUGCAAUUUAAAAGAGCUGUAGUUUGGUCAUAUAAUGUGAUGACAAGUAUACCCAUACGUUCAUAAAGGCCUUAUGUAACCUGCUUUUAUGCCACCAAAUGCAAACCUUUGUUUUCAGCAUUAAAGCUGAAAUUGCUGGCAAAUGUUUUUUAUGAGUGUUUUUUCUAAAAAUCUGUGUUGGUGUUUGGCCUAUGACUUAUUUAGUUAAAGCUGGAUGACCAUACUGUGGGUUUAUAUGGAAAUAUUAAACACUAAAGUGCAAUUAAAAGAGUUUCAACUUUUA